UACUCCCGAGGCGGAGAACGAGUCCGUGCUCCAUCUGCUGCCGCAACCGCUGCGCCCGGAGCCUGGGCCACGAUGAGCGGCAGAGUCGGCGAUCUGAGCCCCAGGCAGAAGGAGGCACUGGCCAAGUUUCGGGAGAAUGUCCAGGAUGUGCUGCCCACUCUGCCGAAUCCAGAUGACUAUUUUCUCCUGCGCUGGCUCCGAGCAAGAAGCUUCGACCUGCAGAAGUCUGAGGCCAUGCUCCGGAAGCAUGUGGAGGUCCGAAAGCAAAAGGACAUUGACAACAUCAUGAGCUGGCAGCCUCCAGAGGUGGUCCAACAGUAUCUCUCAGGGGGCAUGUGUGGCUACGACCUGGAUGGCUGCCCCAUCUGGUACGACAUCAUUGGACCUCUGGAUGCCAAGGGUCUGCUCCUCUCAGCCACCAAACAGGACUUGGUCAAGACCAAGAUGCGGGACUGCGAGCUGCUUCUGCGGGAGUGCGCCUGCCAGACCGAAAAGACGGGGAACAAGAUAGAGACCAUCACCCUGAUUUAUGACUGUGAGGGGCUUGGUCUCAAACAUCUCUGGAAGCCAGCUGUGGAGGCCUAUGGAGAGUUUCUCUGCAUGUUUGAGGAAAAUUACCCUGAAACACUGAAGCGUCUUUUUGUUAUUAAAGCCCCCAAGCUGUUUCCUGUGGCCUAUAACCUCAUCAAACCCUUCCUGAGUGAGGACACUCGUAAGAAGAUCAUGGUCCUGGGGGCAAACUGGAAGGAGGUUUUACUGAAAUAUGUCAGCCCUGACCAGCUGCCUGUGGAGUAUGGGGGCACCAUGACUGACCCUGAUGGGGACCCCAAGUGUAAAUCCAAGAUCAACUACGGGGGUGACAUCCCCAAGAAGUAUUACGUGCGAGACCAGGUGAAACAGCAGUACGAACACAGUGUGCAGAUUUCCCGGGGCUCCUCCCACCAAGUGGAGUAUGAAAUUCUCUUCCCAGGCUGCGUCCUCAGGUGGCAGUUCAUGUCGGAUGGUUCGGACAUCGGUUUUGGGAUUUUCCUGAAGACCAGAAUGGGGGAGCGGCAGAGGGCAGGGGAGAUGACAGAGGUGCUGGCCAACCAGAGGUACAAUGCCCACCUGGUCCCUGAGGAUGGGACCCUCACCUGCAGCGAUCCUGGCAUCUAUGUCCUGCGGUUUGACAACACCUACAGCUUCAUUCAUGCAAAGAAGGUCAGUUUCACCGUGGAGGUCCUGCUUCCAGACAAAGCCUCAGAAGAGAAGAUGAAACAGCUGGGGGCAGUCACCCCAAAGUAAUGCCUCCUCCCACAGCAGGCCUGGCUCCCUCAGCGUCUCCCUGUCAGUUUCUAUCCCUUGUAGCAGUCAUUUUCCCAGCACUCUGACGCCCAAAGAAACUGGGCUAGAAGAAAGACCUCGGGGCUGGAUCUGGGGAGCCUUCAUUUCAGAAUUAGGAAGAGGGAGACUAGCUGGA